AUGGGUUGGUUUUGGGCAGAUACUCCGCAAGCUUCCGCAGCUUCGAUUCCACAUGCGUCCGCAGCCGGUUCUCCUCCACCGGGAUGCCCGAUGCAUGAAUCGGCCGCAAAGUCUUCGCCCUCUCUAGCACCUAAUGUGGAACUCCCAAGCAGCUGCCCCAUGAAAUCCAAAGAUUCCCCAUUCUAUUCGGCCCCGAAAUCCACACCGGCGCAAACACCACAGCCACCUACCGAUACCACGGCCCAGCCUUCAACCUUGUCCAAGUUGAAUCCUCUCAACUACAUGUUCUCGUCUAUAUCCCAAGAGCGUGCGGCGAACCAGACUGUUGAUCUUCCUGUUGAACGCGAGGGGUCUUCCAUCCCGAGAGGCGAUGGUGAAGGCAACUGGGAAUAUCCGUCCCCGCAACAAAUGUACAACGCUAUGCUGCGCAAAGGACACACAGAUACACCUCAAGAUGCAGUGGAGUCAAUGGUUGCAGUGCAUAACUUCUUGAACGAAGGCGCUUGGGAGGAAAUCGUGGGAUGGGAGCGUGUAUUCGCCAAGGGCCUCAAGACCGGAUGGGAACAUUGUCGCCGCGGCGAAGAAAACUUGAGCAUGGCCUUGACCUAUGCAGAUGAGAAUGGGAAAUUUGAUCCCACAUCCGAGCCUCGUCUGCUCCGGUUCCAGGGUCGGCCGCAAGAGUGGUCACCCAAGGCCCAGUUCUACCAAGCACUAAGCUGGGCGUACCCAAGCAAGUUUGAGACAAGCCCUCCCUUCGACCGCCACGAUUGGUAUGUCAUCCGCCAGACACCCUCAGGCCCGAAGGAAAUCCGAUAUGUGAUCGACUACUACUCUGGAGAUCCAGACCCUCACGGUCUACCUGUCUUCCAUCUUGAUAUUCGCCCUGCGUUAGAUACACCGACGGCCGCUGUCGAGCGCUUGAUGAGAUGGGGAGGCGAUGUGUGGUGGAGGGCUAGCGGCUCAACUGCCCGUGAACAGGCGUCACGCUAA